GUACAUAGUUACAGAAUGAGUAACGGCCUGUGUUACGCAACUUAACGCCCACACACUCCCGUCACUCGGUAGAGGGAGCUGGGGAGGGUGACUGGGAGGCUCAGCGGCCUCAGUCUGUCAGUGGGUCAACGAACAGUGUGAGAAGGGCAUUGCCAGUAGGGAACUUGUAUUAGGACCACGUAUUAAACAGAUGAUUUGGUACAAAGACAGAGUACAUGCAAUUACCAUGUGGGAGAAUUCCGCUCACACAGCACUUCUGAAAAGAAAUGGAAAAUAACCUGGCUGCAGUUGAAGAUUCCAAACCAGUUAUAUUUGUAACUGGUUUUGGUCCAUUUGCUGGACAUCCCACUAAUGCUAGUCAGUCAGCUGUUGAAUUGCUGGCCAAGGGGAACCUUGAAGAAGAGCUAGGUGUGAGAUUGGUCACAGAUAUAUUGAAAGUGGAAUAUGAGUAUGUUAAGAAGACUGUACCUCAGAGAUGGAAGGAAUUAAUGCCAAAGCUUACAAUUCAUGUAGGAGUGUCAGGUAUAUCAGAAACCCUGGUAUUAGAACAGCUGGCCCACAACACAGGAUAUAUGAGAAAAGACAACUGUGGGUGUGUGCCCAAGAAUGGCAUGUGUUACACAGAUGGAAGUGAUGUAAUCCAAUCUUCUAUUCGGAUGGACUUAAUUUCAAGUACUGUAAACAAAGCUACUUGUGUCAAGUUACCAUGUGUGAAAUCAACAGAUCCAGGAAGGUUCUUGUGUGACUUCACAUACUACUUGUCUCUGGUGGAAGAUAAGUGUCGGUCUGCCUUCAUCCACGUGCCUAUGCUCCACAUGUUCACAGCUGAAGAAAUAGCUGCUGCCUUAGCCAUCGCUAUAAAGGAAAUGUAUUUACAAGUAAUGGAAAUGGAUAAUAGGACAAAAGUGGCUGAGGUAAAUGGUAAUCCAACAACUAAUCAAGUUUGCCAAAAUGGUGAAUCUAUGGAGCAGCUAGCUGCAGCUGUGUGAAAGCCCAUCUCUGCUGUUAAUCUCAUCACUAUGUCUUGUUGAAGGUAAUAGAAUUUAAGAGAAAUAUUUUUAUAACUAGGAAUGGGUAAUGAGAUUAAUAUAGAAACAGUAUAUGCAAAUGUUUUAGAUAAUUUAAUAUUCUUUAUAAGCAGCAGAAAUUUUACACUUGGUGAUUUAUCCAGUCAUGGAUCUCUGUUUGAUGUGUCUAAUAUCUGGUGACUUUCCUUGUUUUUAACUCUGACAAAUUAUAUUGAUAAUUUUUAAGAAUUAAAAGCAUUUGGUUGAAAUACUGUUGAAGGUAAUAUAUUUGAUAAUGAUCCUGUGAUAUUUUUAAGGAUUUAAGCAGAAAAGCUUUUACUUUCCUUGGAGAAACUGUUGAAAGAGUUGUUUUCCCUCUUGAUGUUAAGUGAUUUUACAUGAUAUAGUUAUGAAAUCCCACUUGAAAAUCUUUCUUGCAUUCCAGAAUAUAUAUAUAUAUAUAUAUAUAUAUAUAUAUAUAUAUAUAUAUAUAUAUAUAUAUAUAUAUAUAUAUAUAUAUAUAUAUAUAUAUAUAUAUAUAUAUGGUGGGGGACUCUGGGGUGUUGUGGUCAUCAAAACAGUUGCAUAUAUCACAAAACAUACGAGGAGCCACUGCAUGCACCCCAGAUAAGUUGAUGCCAUUCAUGUCGGCUUUGGUAUCAUCUGAAACGUUUCCCAUUUCAAAUAUCUGGAUGCGAGUAUUGAGCUCAUCAUCCUUCCUCUGCAUGUCAGGUAUUAGUGAGUUGAGGAAGUUGACCUGUCUUUCAUGUUGGUCUUUCUCCUCCAACAUCUGUUUCAAAAAGCUAUCUGAAUCAUUAUGAAUAAUCUCUCUUGAUGCAACCUCUACCCGUAGGUCUACAAUCUUGCUCUCCAGUCUUCGCUUUUCUGUCUCCAAAAGUUCCACUUUGGCAUGGAGAAUACCCACUUUCUCAGCCUCAGCCUUUGCUUCUGCUGGCUUCAUGUUCAUGGUGACCAUUUCAGUCUUGAGCAUUGCCACUUUGCCUUGCAAACUCACCACUUCCUUUACCUUUGAGCCUUGACUUUUCUUUCUCUAUGACUUUUUUCUCAUCAUGCAUCAUCUUCAAGGCAUUUUCAGGUCUAUCUUUCACCUCAUCAAGGUUCUUCACUCCAGUGGCAACUUUUGCUUCUAGUCGCUGAACAUCAAUCAUAAGUUUGUUCUUUUUCUUAGUGAGUAGAUUUAAGAUUUGAGGGUGUUAUUAAUUUCUUGUAUUUGGGUAAUUUUCUUCAGUUCAUUCUUGAGCCUCUCAACAUCUCCUCUCAAUUGACUUCUUUCCUCCUCAGACUUUUUGAGGGUCCUUAUUUCUUCUUCAGGUCUAGACUUCUCAGACAGAUGUUGAUCCCUCUCUGUUCUUUGUGAUUCAGAUAGCUUUUUCACUUCUUCCUGGAGUUCACCCCUCUCUUUGUUCAAUGUGGUGUUUUGAUACUGGGGACUUUGAAGAGUUUUACCAUGUUUUGCUAAUUUGUCUCUUUCCUUGACUAGAAUGAGCUUCUCUUCUUCAAUGCCCUUCAUUUUCCAGACCUCCUCUUCCAGCUGCUCCUUUUGAUUCAGUGUAGUAAUCCUUUGUUCCUUUGUUGUGGUCAGCUGUUCCUGCAGGCCAUUAAGACAGCCCAGCUCACCCUUAAAGGUUUGUUGAAAUUCUGUCAUUACCUCCUUGUUCUUUUGUGCCUCCACCAGCUGCUUGUGCAGGUCCUCUCAGUAGGUGUUGAAAGUGGCCAUCAGUUACUCAACUUCUACCUUCAGCUCAGCCACCUGGCUAUCUCUCUGUGUAACCAACAAGUUACAACAAGUUUUCUUCCUUUGCCAUGCAUAACUUCGGGUUUUCCUUAUCCAUGGCAAACAACUUUUCUUCCACUUCUUUCUUGCUUUUCUGAAUCUCCUCCUUUCCCUUGCUAAGUUAUUCUUUCUCGUGUCACGGACUAGCCACAGACUUUUCCAUGAUUCCCUGUUGUUCAGCUGAAGAACUUGUCAUCUUAAUCACCUGGACCUCCAACUUCUUCACCUUACCUUCUAAAUCAGAUAGUUAUCCUUCCUUCAUCAUUCAUGCAUUAUUGGACUAUAAUAUUAAUUUAAAUAUUAAAUAUCAAAACUCUAAAUAUACUUCUGGCAGGCCACAUUUGUUUAAACUCUGCCACCUGACCCAGUACAGUGUCAACCAUCCAUUUGUUAUACCUCAUUUGGUAGUGUUAUAUAAGCAUUGAGAAACAUAUCUGUGGGUGGGAUAAAAGGGUUUGAAGAGGCCAUCACUGGAAAUUGAACCCAUAAUAGGAUCCUGAAGGUAAUACAAGUCUGACACGUUCCCGAUCAGGGGAUCAGCAAGGUCCAUGUGGAUCUUUGUUGGCUUUAACUGCUUUUUCACUGCGUAACCUUCAUCUCCCUUUUAAGCCAAUUUUUUGGUGUUUUUACUUUUCUCUUCAAGGAACAGACUCUCUCCUGUAUCUUCCUCCAGAAGCAAUGUUUUUAUUUUUCCUUCUUGGGGCUUCUAUUUUCUUAUUUAUAGCAUGCAGCUGAGCCUUUUAUUUUGAGGUCAUGGAACAAUCCCUUCUCCUUGGGAUCUUCUCUGCCUCCACCAGUAUCAUGCUGUCUUUGGGGAUAUCAUAGAAAUCCUAAGAAACUGGCCUGAGGAUGGGAUGAAUUGGUGAUGGGAGACUGUCACCUAGGAUUACAUCCCUACCAGGUAACAUGAGUCUGACAGGUAACCAAUCAGACCAAGAUAAUCACCAGUCCAUGUGGAUUUUGGUAAAGUUUACCUGUCUCUUCACAUGUAGCUGUGAAUAAUCAUAAGCUUGUGAUAGUGACCAUGUCAGAAUUCGUGCACCACAGAACGUUGAGGAGUGAGCAUUAAGUUUUCUUUAGAAGGAAACAUUGGAAUGAUGUUUUGUUAUUUUUUACUUGGAUGGUGGACAUAAUUGUUACAAAGAUUGACUAAGUUUCUAAUAUUUUAAUGUAUUGCAAGAUGAAUGUCAGCACUUUGAAUUUUUGCUCCUUGUAUGUUUAUCACAGAUGUAUGAUCUUGUUUGUACUGUUUAUAUGUAGCUUCAUCCAAGUCAACAACAAACUUGCUGGCUUGAUUCCCUUCUUUACCUUAUUCUGGUGAUCUGACAUCCCAUUGAAGAUGAGUAGUUGAGAUAAGGUGCCUACAUGUACAUUCUCUCUCUCUCUCUCUCUCUCUCUCUCUCUCUCUCUCUCUCUCUCUCUCUCUCUCUCUCUCUCUCUCUCUCUCUCUCUCUCUCUCUCUCUCUCUCUCUCUCUCUCUCUCUCUCUCUCUCUCUCUCUCUCUCUCUCUCUCUCUCUCUCUCUCUCUCUCUCUCUCUCUCUCUCUCUUCCCUUCCCUUCCCUUCCCUUCCCUUCCCUUCCCUUCCCUCCUCUCCUCUCCUCUCCUCUCCUCUCUCUGUUCACAUCACCCACAAACAUUUCCUAAGAUUAUAACCCAUGGGCCUCUUGUAGGGAGAGAGCUUAUUGCCCACACUGCAAGAGGGAGUUGCAGAUUUCCUUGCAUUUAGGCCCAACAGCAGAAUUAGUUUCCCCUUGCUGCACUUGAUCUGCUAGUUGGAUCGAAUGUGUGCAUCCAUUAAUGCAUUCACAACUACUCUCCAUCCCCAUCAAGAGUAACUAACAUUUUUUAGGGGUUUCCCUUUAGUCAUACACUUCACAUCCAGUCCAGUUAUCUUCUUCACCAGUUACUUUUCUUCUAUCCUUCAGUAUGUCCAAACUUUUACAGUAGUUGCUGCUCUGCUUAAUCUGUUAACAGUCUUACAACACCAGUUUUCCUUUGCACUUCCUCACUUGCUGUAUUCAUUAUGUUACUUCACACAUGUUCCCCACACUGCUCACCACCACAGUCAGUCUCCUGUCCCCUAUUCCCACAUUCCACAUUCCAGCCCUAAAUAAUGCAGUCAGUACCUCUUCACUAUCAGGCAUCUUUCUUUGCACUCAUUCCAGACAGUCUACAAAUACAGUGGAACCUUGAUUCAUGAACUUAGCCUGUUACGUGACUCAGUUUGCAAACCAAAAUGUUUGUGAACCAAAAUAUUUUUUCCCAUUGAAAAGUUCCCAUAUGUAUAGGCACAUAGACAUUAGUAAAUUCUUUAAGAUUGUACAGAUAGUUUGUUUCACCAAGCUGUGCUGCAUGUUUGGUGAUGGUGGAAACAUGAAAGCUAUUUUCAUGUUAUGCUAUCGUUUCCUUCUUGAAUUCCACAGUAACACUUAGUCUUCCUGUUAACACUCACUUUUUACUUUUUUUUUGGGGGGGGGAGAGGAGUCAUAGUGAGGUCUAAAAUAACUGAGUAAGAGCAAAAAAGACCCCCCAAAAUAAUGUUUACGAACACAGCACUCAGACAGAUACUGUUCCCAGCAGGCUAUCUGGAUUUGGCUUCAGAUAGGAACCACAUAUACAUACACUUUUCCAGCCAUUUGGUACCAUACAGCAUAUGAAACAUAUAUUUGGUAAUAUAAAUUACCACCCAAUAAAAAUUGCAUUCAGCCACUCAUCCAUCCAAACUAUCAAUUCUAUUCUAAACAUUUCUCAUUCUCCUGACUACACAACCCUUUUGGCUCAAAUUUAUUUAUUUAUUAUUUUUUUUUUGCAUCAAAUUGUAGUUAAAAUUUAAUGAAGAUUUUAUUUGUUAUUAUAAUUGUUGUUGGUGUUGUCAGUGAUCCUGUUGCGGGAGUUGUUAUUGUAACCUGCUGUUUGUUAAUGGUUGUUUUUAUUAAUGUUAUUGUUGGAGUCUGUGCUUGCCCUCCAUGCAGUGGGUGAUGCAUACACUGAAAAGUCUAAGUUUAUAUAUUUGUAAGAAUACUAAUAAUACAUAUAUUUUCCUAAA